GAUUGCGAACACAGACACACACAGAGAGACACACACAGCGGGUUUUACAGUCAGUGACGGGAACUCUGCAGGACAAAAGACUUUCUUUUUAAUUUACCCUAUACAAUUGUUUUGACUGGGACCUUUUCUACUGAACGUGAAUAUAACUUUUAUAAUUAGAUAACUCUGUUUUUUUUAGUUAUUUAUUCUAAUUUCUGGACAAAAAAUAUUUAUAAGGAAAUUUAAACUAUUUGUCAAACUUUAUUUUUGCUAAUCUUCCACUUGAAAUGUUGAAACCGGCAUUUUAUUUAGGUAAAUGUAACGUAUCUGAAUACCAGCGACCUAAUUCUGGUAAAUGUGCAGUAAUUCUGUAACCAUAAGUCAUCACAGGAAUUCAUCAGCAGUGUAUUUUCGGAACAGCGUCACUCGCUGACAGCGGGACCCGCGCGGAGAGUUUAUCUGUGGAUUUUAAAAGACCCUCUUCAGCCACGUCGAAACUCUAAUAGGCACUUUAAUUUCAUCUGCACUGAAAGAUGCUCCAGAAUGGAAAGUCCGACGCGUCCGAGCCCGAGCCGAAGCCCGAAGUGCAAAGCGAGAAGACCGAAGCGAGCGAGAGCGAGAUCGCCGCGUCUCACCCAGAGAGCCAGUCCGCAGACACCGACUCUACUCAGUUCCCCCUGCCCGUCUAUCCCAAACUGGAAAUCAAGCGCCAUGCCGUGACCGAUGACUACAAAGUCUCCAGUCAAGUGUUGGGUCUGGGUGUCAACGGCAAAGUAGUGGAGUGCUACAAUAAGAAAACCGGACAAAAGUGCGCGCUGAAGAUUCUAUAUGAGUGUCCCAAAGCCCAGAGAGAAGUGGAACUGCACUGGCGAGUAUCCGGAGGGCCACACAUAGUUCGGAUCCUCACCAUCUAUGAAAACAUGUAUCGUGGGAAAAAAUGUCUUCUCAUAAUUAUGGAAUGUAUGGAGGGGGGAGAGCUCUUCAGCAGAAUUCAGGCCAGAGGAGACCAGGCCUUCACUGAGCGAGAGGCCUCUGAGAUCAUGAGAGACAUCGGCACAGCCAUCCAGUAUCUUCACAACAUGAACAUCGCACACAGAGACAUCAAGCCAGAGAACCUGCUCUACAACAGUAAAGAAGACAUUGGAGUUCUCAAACUAACCGAUUUUGGCUUCGCUAAAGAGACUUCACUGCAUAACCUGUUACAGACGCCCUGCUACACGCCAUAUUACGUAGCACCGGAGGUUUUAGGCCCUGAGAAAUACGACAAAUCAUGUGAUAUGUGGUCUCUUGGUGUGAUCAUGUACAUCCUGUUGUGUGGGUUCCCACCGUUCUACUCCAACACAGGACAGGCCAUUUCACCGGGUAUGAAGCGGCGGAUCCGCAUGGGCCAGUACGAGUUUCCCAAACCAGAGUGGACUGACGUGUCUGAGGAUGCCAAACAGUUGAUUAACCAACUUUUGAAGACUGACCCCAAUGAAAGAAUGACCAUUGAACAAUUCAUGAACCACCCCUGGAUCAAUCAAUCCAUGGUGGUUCCCCAAACGCCACUCCACACCACACGAGUGCUCACGGAGGACAGCGAGAUGUGGGACGAGGUCAAGGAAGAGUUAACCAGUGCGUUGGCCACCAUGCGUGUAGAUUAUGAGCAGGUGAAGAUUAAAGACUUAGAUGCCUCCAGUAACCCCUUGCUGAACAAGAGACGCAAGAAAGCGGCGACAGGGGAGAAGAGUGGAGGAAGCGGAUGCAGUAGCCAAUGAGGGACUGGAGAUGGACGAUAGACAGAUCAAUGACACGAAGGAAAGUGCAAGAUCAGACAGAGGGAACGGAAACAGAGGGAGAGAUGGGCUCUCCAAAAGAAGAACAGAAGAUGGCUGGAUUAAUAGAAAAAAGGCAAGAAAAGCAGACAAUUUCAUUGAUAAUCAGGAAAAAAAGAGGAAUAAUUGGAGGGAAUGCACAUGUACACAAAGGAAGUCCUUGUUUCUACCACCAGCACUGAAGGACUGAAAAAGCUGCUUCAGCUCUGUGUGUGUGUGUGUGUGUGUGUGUGUACCGUUUGUGAGUGUUCAUUUACUUUAUAUGUGUCUUUUUUGUGUACUGAUCUAUUACUUGAUGCGCACCUCUCGCACUGUGUAUGUUAUGUGUAUUUAAGAUGUGUUUUAGUCAUCAGUCCGAUCGUGCAGUUCACUCCAGAGACGUCAUUUGUUGUUGAUUUUUGGCUUUUGUUAUCGGCCCUUUUUAUUGCAAAAUAAACAUUUUCAAUAAGUUUUCCGA